UUAAAAUCAGUCGUUAGCCGAAAAUCGUUGUGUAAAGUAGAGAAUCGAUUUAUUUCAGUAAAGAAACAUCAUCAAAACGUUCAACUGUUAAUUAAUUAAUAAUAAAUUAAUUUUGUUUUCUAUUUGAAUUUCUUCAAUAAUAAUCAAAAUGCCAAUUGAAGUCAACACUCCCGAUAAGUUGGAAUACCAAUUUUAUCCAGCUUCUGGUGGUGUUUUCACAUUUAAGGUUCGUUGCGCCAAUGAUGCUCACUUGGCUCUUACAUCUCAGCCGUCAGAAGCCGAUCCCAUGUAUGAAGUAUUUUUGGGUGGCUGGAGCAACUCAAAGUCGGUGAUUCGUAAAAAUCGUCAAAAGCCCGAUGUCGUUGAAGUCCCCACUGAGGGUAUUUUAAAUGCAGGAGAAUUCCGUGGCUUUUGGGUUCGCUGGUACGACAAUGUGAUAACCGUUGGUCGUGAAGGUGAAGCUGCUGCUUUUAUGUCAUAUGAAGACCCCGGCUUGUUCCCUGUCAACUUUGUGGGCGUGUGCACUGGUUGGGGUGCCACCGGUAACUGGCUUAUUGAUGAGCCUGCUCCAUCAGCACCACCUGCAAUGGGAUUCUCAGCACCCACUGGUAGUGGUCCCGGCUGUUGGGUACCCGCUGCAAAUGGUGAAAUUCCUCCCGGCUCUAUGGAGGGUGGCUUCGAUGGCAGUGAACAAUUGUACAUUGCCCGUGCCAGACAUGAGGGUGAUCUGAUCCCUGGUAAACUACAUCCCUCACAUGGUGUAUGCUAUAUUGCCUGGGGAGGUGGUGAACACGGACACAGUGAAUAUGAAGUUAUGUGCGCUGGUGGCGGUACCUGGGUGCCAAUCAACGAUGGCAACAUUCCACCAAAUGCUGUCCCCGGUGGCGAAACCGCUGAAGGCGAACCAUUGUUUGUUGGACGCGCCACUCACGAUGGUACCAUCACUGUCGGAAAAGUGCAACCAUCACAUGGCUGUUGUUACAUUCCUUAUGGUGGUGAAGAAUUGGCUUACAAAGAAUUUGAAAUAUACGUUUCCAACUAAUAAAAGCCGCAUAGGAUUUUGCUCAUUGGCACAUAACAAAGAGACACAGUAGGAGGAUUAGCCACAAGCAAGUCGCACUGAUUGAAUAAGCACAGUAAUCAAAAUAUAUUCUCCAUUCAGAACAGAUGUUUAGAUAAAAUCUGAACUAAAACAUUGCAAUUAUUUUCUACACAUUUAUACAUACAUAUAUUUUUAUAUAUUGUUUUUUAAUUUAAUUUUUUUUUUUUUGUUUAAUUUAAAUUAUUGUUCAUUUUAAUUUGAAAGCGAAUCUCAAAGAUUUAACAAAUUAUUGCUUUAAAUAAACACAAACAUAAAUAAUAAAAGUAAAAGUUUUCUAACUUACACACUA